UCGGUCAGUCCCGGCAGAGCCCGCGGCUCCGCCCCCGCAGGCCCCGCCCCGCUCCCGUGUGCCGAAUGCUCCAUAUCCGGGUUCCCGCCGCCGCCGCCGCCGCCGCCACAGCCGCCGCCGCCGCUUCCCUCAUUCAGCUUUGCCGGGAGUGGUGUGAUUCCCGACCAAGAUGGCGGCUGUGGGGCGAGUCGGGUCCUUCGGUUCCUCUCCGCCGGGAUUAGCCUCGACUUACACUGGGGGCCCCUUGGCUAACGAGCUAACGUCGGGCAACGGCGGCGCCGCAGCGGGCGACGACGAGGACGGGCAGAACCUUUGGUCCUGCAUCCUCAGCGAGGUCUCCACCCGCUCGCGCUCCAAGCUCCCAGCGGGGAAGAACGUACUGCUGCUGGGUGAAGAUGGAGCUGGGAAAACAAGCUUAAUAAGAAAAAUUCAGGGAAUAGAAGAGUACAAGAAAGGAAGAGGCUUGGAAUAUUUGUACUUAAAUGUUCAUGAUGAAGACAGGGAAGAUCAAACAAGAUGUAAUGUAUGGAUCUUAGAUGGAGACCUGUAUCACAAGGGCCUCCUUAAAUUUUCACUGGAUGCCAUUUCUCUGAAGGACACUCUAGUUAUGCUAGUUGUGGAUAUGUCAAAGCCUUGGACUGCUUUGGAUUCUCUACAGAAAUGGGCAAGUGUUGUUAGAGAACAUAUUGACAAAUUGAAAAUUCCUCCUGAAGAAAUGAAAGAAAUGGAACAAAAGUUGAUUAGAGACUUCCAAGAAUAUGUAGAGCCGGGAGAAGAUUUUCCAGCCUCUCCUCAGAGAAGAAAUACUGGGUCACAGGAAGACAAAGACGACAGUGUGGUUUUACCUCUGGGUGCGGACACACUUACACAUAACUUGGGCAUCCCAGUACUAGUAGUUUGCACAAAGUGUGAUGCCAUUAGUGUAUUGGAGAAAGAACAUGACUACAGAGAUGAACAUUUUGAUUUUAUUCAGUCACAUAUCCGGAAGUUUUGUUUACAAUAUGGUGCAGCGCUUAUUUACACUUCAGUAAAAGAAAACAAAAAUAUAGAUUUAGUAUAUAAAUAUAUCGUUCAGAAACUGUAUGGAUUUCCCUAUAAGAUUCCUGCUGUUGUUGUGGAAAAAGAUGCAGUGUUUAUUCCAGCAGGGUGGGAUAAUGAUAAGAAAAUAGGAAUAUUACAUGAAAAUUUUCAGACAUUAAAGGCAGAAGAUAAUUUUGAAGACAUUAUAACUAAGCCACCUGUCCGAAAGUUUGUCCAUGAGAAGGAAAUUGUGGCAGAAGAUGACCAAGUGUUUCUUAUGAAGUUACAGUCCCUUUUAGCAAAGCAGCCACCAACUGCAGCUGGAAGGCCUGUGGAUGCCUCACCGAGAGUCCCAGGAGGCUCCCCUCGAACACCAAACCGAUCCGUGUCAUCCAAUGUUGCCAGUGUGUCACCCAUCCCUGCAGGGUCAAAAAAAAUUGAUCCAAACAUGAAAGCUGGAGCUACAAGUGAAGGUGUCCUGGCAAAUUUCUUCAAUAGUUUGCUGAGUAAAAAGACUGGCUCUCCAGGAGGCCCAGGUGUGGGCAGUGGUAGCCCUGGAGGUGGGGCUGGAGGUGGAAGCAGUGGUUUACCACCAUCUGCCAAGAAAUCCGGCCAGAAGCCUGUCCUGUCAGAUGUUCACGCAGAACUAGACAGAAUUGCACGCAAACCAGUUACAGUUUCUCCUACAACACCUACGUCUCCUGCAGAAGGAGAAGCUUCUUGAAGAUACCAAAUAAAGCCAUUUAUUCAGUUUUCUGGGAUAAUGUAAACUGGCCUCUGCCUUCUCCUUCAAAAGUGGAAUUAGGGAAUUGGAGUGCUUUUUCAGAUGGACUAAAUUUCUUUCUUUCUUUUUUUUUGUGGUUGCCCAUUUUUAUAAAAGGAAGCUAUACAGAAGAAAAAUUAUUCUACACUACGUAGGAUUGCUGUUUGCAUUGCCACUUUGCAUAAGGAAAUAAUUUUGGAUUUUGAAAAACUCAAAAUUUAUAGGUCAGAAAUAUAGCCAUGUGAUCAUACUCUACGGGCUAUUUAAAACAUAAGAGGGUUUAGGAAAGGCAGAAAAUAAUAUGCUUUGGGCAUUUGACUGACUUGGAAGUCCAAGCUUGUUUUAGUUAAGACUGUUAAAAUCGUUUGAAAAAUUGUGUUAGUUUUGCUGGAAAAGAGAAGAUGAUCAGUUGUCAGAUUUUCCACACCAACGUAAAUAUAACACCACACAUGAAAUAUGCUGAGAAAACUAUCAGAUAGCAUUUUAUACACUAGUCAUUGUCUCAAUCCACAAUCCUGUAAUUUGUCAUCAAAAUAUGAUUUUGAAAUACUGGCCGAGAUUCAUUUCUUUAACUGAGAAGAAAAGAAAGCACACUGCCUAAAUGGAUAAAAGAAAAAUGCAGAGGUUAUUAAAAUGUAAAGAGGUAACAGUCUUUGGAUUUGUCUAUCUAUAUCUAUAUCAACAUAUAGGUAUAGAUAUAUAUAUGGCUCUGCCUUAAUAUACCCCUUUUUUGUUUGUGACUUUGAACUGUAAUCAGUUAAUAAAGUAUUUAUUCUCUGCAUUCAGGUUCAAAUAACUUGCUGCAUUCUCUUACACAUAAUUUGUAUUUAUUGGACAAUGAUUAAGAUUCAUUAGUAUGUUGAGAUGUUAGACUUAAUAGGAUUAUAUUAAGUAUUCUGAUCUUUGUAAGAGACAAGUGAAUACAUGAGAUUCACUAUCCUAUAAGUUUCCUUAAAUUGGGAGUUUACCUUGAUCAGCACAUCUUCCCCACAAGCAUGUCUUGAACUACAGGAUCUUAUGUUAGCAUUUCUAGUAGAUAAAAUGUAGCCUUUUAUCAUUAUUUAUUGGGCAGAAACUGAUUUAAAAGCUUGGCAGAUGCACUGACACAUAGGUCCUUUCUCACAGGUAAGAACACCUGUUAGUAGUUCCACCUGAAUUUUCAGUACUGUUUUUAAAUGCUUGUUUUAGAACCUUCAUAAGAACAAUUUGACUUCUUACUGAAAUUCAACUAGAGAACACAUGCACAUUUAACUUUAUUGAACAAAUGGCUAUUGCCCUUUACAUUGGCCUUCGUUAUUACUUUAAAAUAAAUACUCCAAAGAUUUUUUUCUUCAGCAAAAUGUUUGAGGAAAAUACCUCUACUAUCUAACAUAAUCCUUUCAUUAAAACUUUAAAAUCUUUACUUUUAGACAGUAGUUGGCUCCUAAUAGUUGAGUGUAAAUGCUAAAAAUACAUGAGAGGAUAAUAAUUUGUUUCAAGAUGGGAAAAACUUAGGUUGUUCACAGGCAUGGAAAAAUGAAUUUGUAAAAGCAUUUUUGCUUGAGGAAAUAGGAGACGAAAAGUGCCACUGAUAGAAUCUUUAGUCUGGAAAGGGUUCUGCAGUCAUGGUGUUGUAAAGAGAUUAUUUUGAAGUAGUGCUUGAUGAAAUAAGGGAGACUAAUGAAAGAAAAUCACUGACUGGGCAUCAUGGUAUACUUCGGUAUGUCUGCUGUGUUUGCAUGUCUAGGCCAACUCAUUCUUUUCUGUGUGACAUUGGAGAUGUACUAGAAAAUCCUUGGAAUUAAUUGAGUCAUUAGCGGAAAGAACUGUAAUUAUUCAUUUUAUAGGGUAUUCAGUUUUAACUAAUCUGCAACCUUAUGUUUACCAUGUUUAAAUCUUAAACCAAUUUUUCCCCUAUUUUUUGCAAGAAUUUGUUUUUAAACUACUUAAAUCUUUUUGUUUUUAGGCACUUUUUAUUGACAUAUACAUUAGAGAGAAGUAUACAGAUUACAGGUUACAUGGUUUGAAAGACCACUAAUCAGCACCAAGAUCAAGACAGACAUUACUGGCAUCCUAUAUGCUUCCUAUGUGCCCUCCUCAUCAGCACCCCUGCCUAACCCACCAAGUGACCAAUGCCCCAACUUCCACAUAGAUAAGUUUUAUUUAUUUUUAAGCUUUAUACAAAUGGGAUCUUAGAGUUAUAUUCUUUUGGUGCAAGUCUUUCCAAUUUUAGUUCUCCGACACAUCAACCAAUGCAUGUAGCAAUAAUAAUAAUCCGUCUUCAUUGCCUCAUAAUACUCCACCAUGCAAAUAUGCUAUAAUUUAUCCAUUAUGCUAUUGAUGGGUGUAUAUUAAUUUCGUAUUGCUGCUGUAACAAGUUACCACAAUUUAGUGGCUUAAAACCGUACAAAUUUAUGAUCUUACCAUUCUGGGGGUCAGAAGUCCAAAAUCAGUCUUAUUGGGCUGAAGUUAAAGUGUCAGCAGUGCUGAUUUCAUUUGGAGGCUCCAAGGAGCAUCCGUUUCCUUCCUUUCCAGCUUCUAGAGGCUGCUUGCAUUCCUUGGGUUCCUGGCCCCUUCUCCAUCUUCAAGGCCAACCGCAUAGCAUCUUCAGCUGGGUGCGUCUGCCACAUGGCUUCUCACUGUGAACCUGCUGCCUCCCUCGUGUCAGCAACUGUGUGAUUAACUUGGGCCCACCUGAGCAAUCCAAUGUAAGCUCCCUCAACACUUCACUCUCCUUGCUAGCAUAGCAUGGAUUCUGAAGAGAAAUUGGGCGUCAUUCUUAUCUUUGCUCCUCCGUAGGUGGUUUUUUUUUUCCCCUUUGGCUUCUUUCAAGGUUUUUUGUCUUUGAUUUUAUGCGGUUUGCUAUGUUAUGCCUAGGUAUGUUUUUUUGGAAUUUAUCCUUUGUGUUCUGUAAACUUUCUGGAUUUGUGGUUUAGUGUCUUGACAUUAAUUUGGGGGAAAUUCUUAGUCAUUAUUGCUUCAAAUAUUUUUCUGUUCCUUUCUUCUCGUAAUUCCAUUAUAUAUAUAUAUGUUACAUCUUUGUAGUCCCACUAUUUUAGGAUAUUCUGUUCCUUGCCCCUCUCCCCCUCCAGUCUUUUUUUCUAUUUGCUUUUUAGUACUGGAAGUUUCUAUUAACAUAUAUUGUCACCCAGAGAUUCUUUCUGCAUCUAUAUCAUGUCAACUAAUUAGCCCAUGGAAAGUACUUUUCAUUUCUGUUAUAGUUUUUUUUUUAACUCUACCUUUGUUUUUUAUUCUUCCUUAGAAUUUACAUCUGUUUGCUUAUUAUUACCUGUGUGUUCUUGCAUGUUGCCUACUUUUUCUGUUAGAGCCCUUAGCAUAUUAAUCAUAGUUGUUUUAAAUUCAUGACCUGAUAAUUCAUCAUUUUUGCCAUAUUUGAUUCUGAUUCUCAUGCUGCUUCUGUCUCUUCAAAAUACUUUUUGCCUUUUACUAUGCUUUGUAAUUUUCUGUUGAUAGCUGGACGUGAUACACUGGGUAAAAACUACUCCAGUGAAUAGACCGUUAGUAAUGAGGUGGUCAGGUGUUGGGGGGAGGAGAAGCAUUCCCUAGUCCUGUGGUUAGGUGUCAGUGAACCUGCACCCCUGGGCUGUGAACUUCACAAGUCCUUCCCAGACUGCAUUUCCACCCCCAAGGCCUUACACCUGAGGUGGACAGGAUGGCUAGAUGGGGAACACCAGGGGAUUUUUCUCAUUUUUCCCUUUGACAUCCUGGUAGAGCUCAUGGAGGUAAAACUCACAAAAGCGUGGGGAACCCCCUGUGACUGGGGGUUUUUAACUCACAGACUUGACUGCUGUUAGUCUCCAGCAACUUGUCAAUUACAGUUUAGACUUUCUUACCCCAGAACUCUCACCCUCAGAGGUUUCUGCUUGGGAGUUUCUAGUUAAGCAAGUUGUUAUUCUAUGUCCACUUGCCAAUCUCUAAUUCAGGGGACAAGGGUUGGCCCUGGGACCUCACUUCUCUGACAAAUCUAAAAAGAGUAGAUUUUUCAGUUCAGCCUUUUGCUCGUUAGAGUGUAGAGAUGACUUUCAAACUCCUUCCUUGCUGGCUUGGAAACUGGAAGUCUCAUUUCUCCUUCUCAAAAUCCUAAAUACAUCUGCAGAGUCCCUUUGCCAAACAAGGUAGGUCCCCAGGGAUUAGGAUAUGGACAUCUUUGUAGGAUCAUCAUUAAGCCUCCCUACAGGAUGUUAGCAGCUUUCAGCUUUUCCAGUGCUAUUAUGAAUUGUGCUGUUAUGAACACUCAGAUGUGUCUGGUGGGAAAUACGUUCUAAUUUCUAUUGCAUAUGUACGUAGAUGUGGAUUGCUAGGUCCAAAGACUAUGUGUAUACUCAGCUUUAGUAGAUAAUGCCAGUUUUUCCAAAAAGGUAUAAGAAUUUCCAUUCCUGGGAGAAGAUAUUUGUAAAUGAUAUAUCUAAUAAGUCUAGUAUCCAGAUUAUGCAAAGAAUUCUUACAACUCAAGGAACCUAAACUUAAAAUGGUCAAAGAAUUUGAAUAGACAUUUCUCAAAAAAAAAAA